CGUGUAUAUGUGAAAAAGCCAAAUUGAGUGAGCGACAAUGGGAAUCUCGCUGUCAAAGGAUGGGCCGGUAGACUGACACUUGCUACCCAAUAUGCUCCACUGAAAAAAGCUAUUAAAAAAAAAUCACUGACAUCAACUUUAAGAGGUUCCACCAGCUCGACAGAUAUCAGAUUUAAAGCAUAUGAUACCGAAAAAAGACUGAAGUAGUCCAAUUUCAACAUGAAGCGGCAAAUCACAUGGUUCAUUGGGAUUUUCAUCGUUUGGAACCUAGCAACUUAUUUUCUCUUCACCAGACCAGAUAAUGCUAAAAAUCAGAUGCUUAAGUCUUCCAAGGAGUUAUCAGAGAGGUUGAACAGACUUCAGGAAAGACUCAAGGAUCAGAUGGUCAUCAAUGAAGAACUUCUUCAUGAGAUCGAGCAGGAAAAAGAUAAAAUCAUCCAAAAGAUGAGCAACAAGGAAGAUAUGGAUAACAGGCAAGAACAUCAGGAGCAAGUCAUCCAGGAUCAUGAGAAUAAUGAGAAACUAGCGGAGGAAAUUAAACCCAUUCACCCAUUCCACACCUACACGAUACCUGUCGUUGUCAUUGCAUGCAAUAGACCAUCUGCCAUAAAGCGCAGCUUGAACUCACUAUUAGACACGAGGCCAUCAGCUGAGCAGUUCCCAGUGUAUGUCAGUCAGGACUGUGGUGAUCAGAAGACUGCGGAUGAGAUUAAGACAUUUGGAGACAAAGUUGUUCAUAUGAAGCAACCAGAUCUGAGCCCCAUCGCCAAUCUUCCAGCCAACCAGAAAAAGUUUGAAGGAUACUACAAGAUAUCCAGGCAUUACAAGUGGGCCCUGGAUCAGAUGUUCAUCAGGAAUUCAUUUGAUGCUGUUAUUAUUGUAGAAGAUGAUUUAGAUGUAUCGGUGGAUUUCUUUGAGUAUUUCUUAGCUACUUAUCCACUUCUCAAGGAAGAUCCCACUCUAUGGUGUGUAUCAGCAUGGAAUGAUAACGGGAGGGACUCAAGAAUUGAGAAAAAUCCAGGAUUACUUUAUAGGACUGAUUUUUUCCCCGGCCUCGGUUGGAUGCUGUCAAGAGAUGUAUGGCUUGAGCUGGGUCCAAAGUGGCCAGCUGGGUUUUGGGAUGAUUGGAUGAGACAUCCAGACCAAAGACGAGGUAGAUCCUGUAUACGACCUGAAAUCUCUAGAACAGAUACAUUUGGAAAAACUGGGGUUAGCAAGGGGCAGUUUUUUGAGCAGCACUUAAAGUUCAUCACUCUCAACAAAGAUUUUUAUCCAUUUACUACCAAAGAUCUAUCAUAUUUAUUAAAGAAAAACUAUGAUUCAGCGUUUAGAGAGCGAGUUUACGGAGUAGAUGAACAGACACUUCAGCAGAUAAAGAUGAGUCAGGGUCGAGGACCGAGUGAGGUUCGAGUCACCUACACUGAUAAAACAAGCUUUAAAAGUAUUACAAAGGCAGUAGGCAUCAUGCAAGAUUUUAAGUCUGGAGUGCCAAGAACUGGUUACCUUGGGAUAGUGACCUGCGUCUUCAACGGUCAAAGGGUAUACAUUGCUCCAGUGCAACAUUGGUCAGGUUACAACCCAAACUGGAGUUAACGAAGGCCCAUCUACAGAGGCUAUGCCGUCUAUCUAUCAUCCAUAGGCUGAGAGGGAGAGACAGAAAGAUGUUGUAAUUGUGUGCAGAGUUGAUGGACGUAUACCCUUCUCUUUCUCUUAAACUGUGAAGUUUGAAUUGUGAAAAGAGAAGGACUUCAGGUAUGUGCAGUACUGCCCUUCUGUUUCUCUUAUAGUGGCAUCCAGGAGUUCUAAGGUCUGCGAACGAAGCUGGAGAUCUGUGCCACCUUCCUGGACUUAUGCCUUUCUGU